UGGCAUGCCCGAGCCUUGGAGGCGGAGGUGGCGGAGGACGGGGGAAGACGAUGCCGCGACUCCGUAGAGGAGAAAGGCGAGAGCGAGCCAGGCGAGCGGGGCCCCCGGGCUCCGGCCGGCUGCGGGGAGGCGCGCGCCACUCCGAGGCUCCGGCCUCCGCACCUUCGCCCCCCGACGCUGCGGGCGACCGGGCCCGGCUCCGACAGCCGCCACCGCCGCCACCGCCGCCACCCGGAGGACCAAGCAAAAGUUUGGAUCUGGGGGAGGGCGCUGCGCUGAGCGGGAUUACCACCGGGGCUGGAAGAAGACCUGGAGAAUCAUCGCAGCAGUUCACAGAUUGAAUUUAAUCAAGAAGUUCACAGACCGAUUGAACCUGGCCUGCACGGCGACAGAAGAAGGGAGUGCUGCCUGCCCACUCGGCUCCUCUUGACCGCUGAGCGCGGAGCAUCAGCCGUGGCCUGCGUGGGAAACCCUCUCCAGUGGCUCGUUUCGCACAUGGAGGACAGCGGCACCGAGGACAGCACAGGCUGACAGGACCGGGCAAGGUCGGCUGGAAGAUUACUUUCCCCUAAGCCUUCGGGACUUUCCUUCCAGCCGGAGCUGUGGACUUACACAGAACCCACCCGUUGGUUUGGGUUUUGCUAUCUGGGUUCUUCAUUUGGUCAUUUUCUUUUCUCGUUUUUUCUUUUCCUCAUCACAUUAUUUUUUAUUUCCUUCCCUCAGACAUGGGCCAACAGACCAUCAAGUGGCCCAGCCCUGGGGCUUUUUUCCUGAAAUCUUGGCUUCUUGUUGCCCUGGGCCUGUUGGCACAGGUGCCAACCCCCCUGGCGUGCCCCAGCGUGUGCCGCUGUGACCGGAACUUUGUCUACUGUAAUGAGCGCAGCUUGACCUCAGUGCCUCUUGGGAUCCCGGAGGGCGUAACCGUACUCUACCUCCACAACAACCAAAUCAAUAAUGCUGGCUUUCCUGCGGAACUGCACAGCAUACAGUCGGUCCACACCGUCUACCUUUACGGCAACCAACUGGAUGAGUUCCCCAUGAACCUGCCCAAGAACGUGCGAGUUCUCCAUCUGCAGGAAAACAACAUCCAGACCAUUUCCCGGGCCGCGCUCGCCCAGCUCUUGAAGCUGGAGGAGCUGCACUUGGAUGACAACUCGAUAUCCACGGUGGGGGUGGAGGACGGGGCCUUUCGGGAGGCGAUCAGCCUCAAGUUGUUGUUUUUGUCCAAGAAUCACCUGAGCAGUGUGCCCGUGGGCCUGCCCGUGGACCUGCAAGAGCUGAGAGUGGAUGAAAAUCGAAUCGCCGUCAUCUCAGACAUGGCCUUCCAGAACCUGACGAGUCUGGAGCGUCUGAUUGUGGACGGGAAUCUCCUGACCAACAAGGGCAUUGCCGAAGGCACCUUCAGCCAUCUCACCAAACUCAAGGAGUUUUCCAUCGUCCGGAAUUCGCUUUCUCAUCCCCCUCCCGAUCUGCCAGGUACACAUCUGAUCAGGCUCUAUCUGCAGGACAACCAGAUAAACCACAUCCCCUUGACGGCCUUCUCGAAUCUCCGCAAGUUGGAACGGCUGGACAUCUCCAACAACCAACUGCGAGUGUUGACUCAAGGGGUCUUUGACAACCUCUCCAACCUGAAGCAGCUCACGGCUCGGAAUAACCCUUGGUUCUGUGACUGCAGUAUUAAGUGGGUCACGGAGUGGCUCAAGUACAUCCCUUCCUCUCUCAAUGUGCGGGGUUUUAUGUGCCAAGGGCCUGAGCAAGUCCGGGGGAUGGCCGUCAGGGAGCUGAAUAUGAAUCUGUUGUCGUGCCCCACCACCACCCCGGGCCUGGCUCUCUUCACCCCCGCCCCCAGUAUGGCCUUGCCAACCACCGAGCUUUCCACACUCCCUGUUCCAACCCCGAGCCGAAGCAAUAUGCCUCUAACUCCGACCACGUCCAAGCUCCCCACCAUACCCGACUGGGAUGGCCGAGAGAGGGUGACCCCGCCCAUUUCUGAACGUCUUCAGCUCUCCAUCCUUUUUGUGAAUGACACCUCCAUUCAGGUCAGCUGGCUUUCUCUCUUUACUGUGAUGGCGUACAAGCUCACAUGGGUGAAAAUGGGCCACAGUUUAGUGGGCGGCAUUGUUCAGGAGCGCAUCGUCAGUGGUGAGAAGCAACACCUGAGUUUGGUGAAUUUGGAGCCCAAAUCCACCUAUCGGAUCUGUUUAGUGCCACUGGAUGCUUUUAACUACCGAGCUGUGGAAGACACCAUUUGCUUGGAGGCGACCACCCACGCCUCCUAUUUGAACAAUGGCAGCAACACGGCUUCCAGCCACGAGCAGACAACUUCCCACAGCAUGGGCUCCCCCUUUCUGCUGGCAGGCCUGAUCGGGGGCGCGGUGAUCUUUGUGCUCGUGGUCUUGCUCAGCAUCUUUUGCUGGCACAUGCACAAAAAGGGGCGCUACACCUCCCAGAAGUGGAAAUACAACCGGGGCCGGCGGAAAGACGACUACUGUGAGGCAGGCACCAAGAAGGACAACUCCAUCCUAGAGAUGACCGAAACCAGUUUUCAGAUCGUCUCCUUAAAUAACGAUCAGCUCCUUAAAGGAGAUUUCAGACUGCAGCCCAUUUACACCCCAAACGGGGGCAUUAAUUACACAGACUGCCAUAUCCCCAACAACAUGCGCUACUGCAACAGCAGCGUGCCCGACCUGGAGCACUGCCACACGUGACAGCAGCCAGAGGCUCGGCGUCGGCCCAGGCAGACAGAACACCUCUGAAGGACACACACGUGUGUGCACAGAAAGACACGCGAAUUACAUUUGAUAAAUGUUACACAGAUGCAUUUGUGCAUUUGCAUACUCUGUAAUUUAUACGGUGUACUAUAUAAUGGGAUUUAAAAAAAAGUGCUAUCUUUUCUAUUUCAAGUUAAUUACACAGUUUUUGUAACUCUUUGCUUUUUAAAUCUUAAAAAAACAAAAAACAACUAGUUGCUGAAGUACUGUACAGGGUGGUACAAUGAGAACCCAGCGCCAAGGCAAAAGAACGAGUGAUUCUUCCUUCUGAUGCGCAUUAACCACUUGGCUGUCGAAGCUGACAGAGUACAUUCCUUCCCCAGAGCCAGUGGUCAGAUGAAAGGGCCGUUUGGCAUGGACUCACCAGGGUACGAGAAGUAAUAUGCCUAAAGGCAGAGAUGGCCCAGAUCAUGCCAGGCUAUUCCUUUUGUGUCCUGGUCCAGAAGAGAAGUAGUAAAUUCCCCAGUAGAAGUGAGGUGGUGGUUCCCCUGGUUAGACCCAGUGCAGAGGACAAAGCGAGCAUCGAGCGGAAGCCAGGUCCGUGACAGAAGGUGACCCAACCUGGCAGAAUCAAGAGAAUGAGAGCAGAUUUAACAAGACCUUAAAGUCCGGGUGAUGGCUUUCUGCCUGGGAACUUAAAAUAAAAAAAAUCACUCCUAUUGCUUCCCUGGCCCUCUCUGAUAACAGAGAUAGUGACCCGAGUCUGACUUUGAUUGUCUUCAGGGACAGGCAGAAUGUUCCAGCAAGAAAAUUCCCUUUUAAAGUGUUAUUAUUCAAAUCAUAUGUCAGGUUGAAUCAAAUUCAACAGAGAUAUAUUCUAGAAUACUUUUUUUAGAAGAGCCUAAUAAAAUAAUGGGAAGAAUUAUAUUGAAUGGAAUUAUUUUUGAUAAUGAGAAUUAUUUGAGUAGAUUCACCAAGGCUAUGUCAACAUGAUAUUUAGACUUAACAAGUGAUCAGUGUUUGGAAUUUACUAAAACAACUUGUUAUUUAAAAAUUAUUGGCAUCAUUUAGACAAGAACAACUAAAUGGUUCUAUUAGACAACAUCAGCAGAUUUCUAUUGGUGUCAUGUUGAAAUAGCUUGAAUUAAUACACCCCACUCCCACCCCUCACAGGCAAAUUGUUGUCUUCCAAUCACCCCGAACUUCUUUUUAUAUAUAUAUAUAUAUUAUGAUUAGUUGUUUAUGCUACAUUUGUUCCCGCCCCUCUCUUCUCAGUAUUUCAAAGAAAAUUAAGAAUGCCAGUGCCAGUAUGGGUUACACAAAAUAUCCAUAUACACUUAUAUAUUUUAAAAUGCCUACUAAUUUUCACUGCUAAUGCUUUAUAAGGACACAUCUGAGCUGGCUGAAAUGAUGAUGUGGUGUUUUUAUUGUUUUUUUUUCGGGGGUGGGGGGCGUUGUCUGUUUGAUUUUUAAAGCAAUACUUGAUUUUCCACCUUGGACUGACUUUGAUCCAGUGCCAUGCUUGAGAUUUCAUGUAUUCCUUUUCAACCUGAGAUGUUCCUCUUCUUCAGAAUUUGUGGAGGGCUAAUCAGUCUGCUAUUAGCAAGACAACAAGAGAACAAAGCAGGAGCUGGAGGUGGGGGGAGGCAGGUGCCCCUCCUGUUGGCAGAGCAGGGCCUGGAGCAGAAAUUCCAGGAAGAGAGGCAGGUUCAAUUUCAGCUUAAUUCUAGAUGUUUCUGAAGCAAUGUCCAUGUUCAGCAAGCAUGUAUAAUUUACUCAGUUUCCUCCUUUAGGCGUAGAAGGGCUAUAGAUCACAUAUGUUAUCUAAAAGAUGCAUCCUUGCACAGAAGAAGUUUUCUUUCAUCAAAUUUAAGCAUUUCGUCUGUGGGUAUGAUCUUUUCCUAGGGCCGUUAUUGGAGGGAUCCAUGAAGGAACGAUCACAUGCUUCUUGUUUUCUUUCUGUUUAUAAUUAUCUUUUGAACGAAAUAAAACUGUGAUGUGUCUUCUUUGUAAAAGCUUAGGUAUAAAAUGCUAUGCAAGUUUUUCUUUAUAGUAAGAGCUUUAUUUUCUUUAAUAAUGUCAUGCUCCUCCCCCAACUCAAUAUGGUUACCUCUCUGAUCCCCCAAAAGAAGUUGAAAAUAUAGUGAAGCUAUAAUGUUGCCAACACAAGAAUUGAAAGUGUGCAGUUAAUGAGGCUGAAAUUAGUCAUGAACUCAUGUGAAGUAGUUCAAAAGGGACUAGCUUCCAUAUCCAUGGCCUAGGGAGUCUGACUCUUGCCUGUGUAGAGUCACAGACGUAGGGAUGACACAGACUGGCGUGGUGAUCAGUGCAGCAGGAUGUAAUCUAAAGUUCAGAACAGUGACACAGGCUUUUGUGUACCUGGCUUGAUAAUCUUUUUCACAGUACGCUUACCCUUGUUGUGGCACUGAAACUGUGUUUAAAUGAUGGUACUUUGACUUUGGAGGAUUUAUUGGCACAGGGGUGGGGGUGGGGAUCUUUUUCUGUUACCAAUACAAUAAUCAUUCUACUUUAUUUGCAUUUAUGUAGUUACCCCGAAGCAGGAAUUUGGGCUGCUAAAAUCUUUUACUUCGGGCCUAAAAGAGUAUGGUUGGCGCCUCUCCUUUAGUGACUUUUUGUGGGGGCCACAGAAUGAGUGGAGAAUGGUUAGCGUGGUCUGCAAGGGUUCAGUCAUUCAGAGGCAUGCCCGAACCAAUCCACUCUAGUAACAAACAGGCUUUAUGUUGAUCAUGUAUUCACAGCACGACAAAAGUCUGCUCAAAUUAACACGUUUCCCAUUUUUAACAGCAGACCUAGCUAGAAAGCACAGUGUCUUCUGUGUCUUAUGAAAAUGGCUGAACAACUCUCGGUGGUGAAUUAUGCUCUGAUUGGCAUCUUUGCUGAGGCAAUGGAUUUUGCUGACAUGCUGCAUUUGGGUCUCUCUUGCUGUCAUUUCUCAGCACCCCGAGAUGGUCAAUCGAGAGACGGGUUGAAGGUGCAAGCUGGAGCCAUGAGAUGAAGCCAUGCACAUUGCCUUUUAAUGAGCUUCAUGCUGCCAGACCAAGUGAUGUGAUUUCAGACCAUCUGUGUUUGCACUCAGAGCUAGGUCAUUCACUGCACAGAGGAAAUUCUAAAAGGAAAUUCACUUAUGAUCAUUGCCCCUCCAUUCAUACUCAAGAGUGGCUGUUAAUACCCUCUCUUUGGGGAGAUGUUUAGUCAUGGGGAGUCCAUGGGCUUCCUUCAGAUAGUGUCUAUGAGUUAAUCGCCCAUUGCAUAGGACAAUCAUAGCCAGAGACAAACGGAGCGUUCCCUGCCAAUUGACCUUAUGUUUCUGAUGAUGACACUUUAAUAGAACACAAUCUCCCACCUGAGAAACAAGGCAACUUCCAAUUCUCUGGAUGUUUGUUGAAAAUCACCCCUCCCCGCCCCCCCCCCCAAGUCCCCUAUAGUAUAAGAUGACCUGUCUGGUAAAAAGUAUUCAUGAAGUAGUUCAUAUCACAGUUCCACUCCUAGUAGUGCAGAUCAUAAUGGUCCUAAUCUUACCAGAGGAGCCUGAACUUCCUUCCCCACUGGAGAAGACUUAAGCAAAGCUUCCAUUUAAAACCCAAAGCCACAGUGUUGCCACCCAGGGGGGGGGGGGCAAAGGAGGGCAAUUGCUGCACUUGCUCAACUCCAGCCAGAGUGUCGUUUUGGACAGUGAAGUGGAAUUUCCAUUACUUCAUUUUCUCUAGCUUCUAGCAGAAGGUCAUUAAGAGCUUAUUUUAGCACUGGGGAAUGGCCAUUGACUCGCAACUGACCAUCUCAGCUGCGUGAGAAAAUGAAGCCACAGGGGGAGAAACCCACUCAUAAACACACAGGCUCCGGCAUCCCCACCGGCCUUGCCAGAUGCUCCAACUUACCCACUUCCUGCAUUUCGUCAUCACAAUGGAAAGGCAAGAUUACAGGCAAUGGGGGUAGUUGUCACGACUUUGAGGGAAAAAUAGUACACAUGUGAUACCCUUGUUCUAAAAGAUCAGAUUCUUUGCCUAUAGUUCUUUCCAUCCCUCCCCACACACCCCUUUCCUUUUCCAGCAGUGCACCCACUAGAAGAGCACAAAGCAAAGCGGUUUUUAAAUUAGCAUACACACACACACACACACACACACACACACACACACACACGGACGUUUGUAGCGGUGUCCAUGGAUGUAUUGUAACCAUUGUGAGGCCAGGUGAAGGUGUCACCCCUGUAUGUCCCUGUCGGGAUCAGUGUAUAGUCUCUGAAAGUGGAACUUGAUGCUCUGUGAUUGUUUGAACCAUCUUGAUUUGCUUCUGAUUUGUGUUUGGCGAAGUCACUGACAGGGGCUGGAAGAUUCGACUUCACAAGUCUCCGGAGACUUACCGUGUGGCACACUUUGUUAAUUGCAGACUUCGCUCUACACUCUACAGUACCUUGUUGAUAUAUUCAGUAAAAGCUUAUUUUAAAAGAAAACCACAGUGUGUUUAUCUGAGUAAGUUCAUUGGGAGACAGCCAACACUCGUUUUCAGAUACAUGGUAUUCUGAAAGAGAACCAAGAUGCUUCGUAAUAUGGGCAUGAAGAAUAGCCUAGGAUUUUCACUUUCUUCACUAAGAAGACAACUCUUUUCCUAAGUUUGUGACACUCCCAACCCCCUUUUUAAUGGGGGGAGGGAGGGUAAUGGAAUUUAUGUACAGCCCUCAAGUUUUUUUUCCAUUUUCCAAAUAAACUGUGUGCUCUUCUGAAUAACUUUCCAAUAUAACAUACAAACACAGUGCACAUAUCUCUUUUUGUACUUAUACAAUUUAUGUGUAGGAUAUAGAAAAUACCAAUAUAUUAAUUACUCUAUCAGAAUAGUCUCUUCCCAUUUAAUAAUAUGCACCAUUGGUUUUAAGUAUCAAUUUUCUUGCAGAAUUCUUCUGGUCCUUUUCUACUUCAGACUUUAAAAUAGCCAAUUCACUUAGACUAUCAAUGGCACCAAUAUCUACCCAUGAACGUGUAUCUCUUCAUAAGCUUAAGUUUGACAUUGGAGUCGUUGCACAUGAUUUUCAAGGCUCCUUUUUCCCUAACCAUUCCUGAUAGUUUCACUAGUAAUAAUAUAUUUGACAGAGAUUGAUUCCAGAAUAAAACCAUGGCAUUUCAAUUACCAAGUAUUAAUUACCCUUGGAAUCUUUUUUAAAAAAAAUUAACCAUGAAAGUAGUGGGAACAAGUGAUUCAUAAUACAUCUGGGGAUUUUAUAUUAAAUAAUGGCCAUCCUUGUCUUGGCUAAUGUUGCCAAGAUUUACAAAUGCUACUCAACAGAUACCAGACCCUAUGUCAAAGAAUAUCCUGCUUGCAGAAGAACUUAUGAAGCUGUUACUGUCAUGGUCCAAGCACUGGGCUAAAUUCAUCAGUCACACAGAAAAACAAAAUACAGGCUUACCGAUUCAACUGUGUCUUCUAUUCCACCAAAGCCUAGGAAAUGUAUGUUGAACCACUGCAUUUACUCAUCUCCUUCAAGGCUGCCAUGUUAGGUUCUGUUGGGAAAUCCAACAACAACAACAAUUGACAGCGCCUCUGGAGCACAUGGGUCAUGUGAUAAACUUGUUCUAAUACAUCCCUGCAUCGCAGAACCCCUGCAAUAACUUCAUAGUCUUCAAACUAAACGAAAUAGGGUAUAGCUAGGGCAUCGAAUGUAUUGGUAAGGAUGAGGAUGCAUUUAUUUGCCUUCUAUAUUGCAUGAUCUUGACUUUGGAUACAUGACCUAUAAAGUGAUAGUGCAACGAUAAAGUGACUCAAGUUUAUUACAAUUUCAAAAGUGUACCAACCAAGCAAAAGAUUAGCGAUUGAAUUUGGUAAAUAAUGCGGCAUUCCUUAAAUGUUUGUUGGGCACUAGAAUGGCAAUCAGUCUAACAUAAUGAAAGUGACACCUGUCACAUUUAUUAAGCAUUUUAUAUGUAAGCCUCUAUUCAAAAUGCUGUGACUCACCUGAUCUCAUUUGUCUAAAAUGCCCUUGUGUGGAUGCAUUCUCUCAUUUUCUCAUAUUCUAAGACCCAUCCUCAAGAGAAAUGAAGGAGCUGGUCCUUGAUUUAAAAACGUGUAUAUGUCAAAGUCAGAAUUUAACCGCAAGCACAACUCCAUGGAUUUUUAAAAAAAUUGUUUUCCUGCCUCUUAAUAAAUUCACUCACAUUAAGACGAA